UUGUGUGAUAUUUUGAUUUGUAAUAAAAUGGUGCAUUUCCGAUUGUCAAGACAAAUGUUCUUUAUUGUUACCGCAGUAUGUAUGUGUACAUGGAUAAGUAUAACAUUUCUUGUGAUAAAGAACGGAACGGAAGAUAAAAGAGCUGAGGAAAACAUGUAUACACCGUUUAGACAGGACACCAAAGACGGUGACACUGGUAGAACCGUUCAAGAACAAAAAUACCGCAGUGAUUUGAAAUGGGAAAAUAACCAAAACAAGGAUCCUUCACAUAGGAAUAUCAAACAAGGGGAAAUACCAAUUCUUGCGAAAGACUCACUGGAACUUAAAAAUAUGAUGUUGCGAAAUAAUUCUUUAAAAGAGAACAACAAACAAGAGAAAGAUCAAACUGAAGAAGAAGAAGAAAAAGAAGAAGAAGAAGAAGAAAUAGAAGAAAGUAAAGAGGAGGAAGAAGAAGAGGAAGAAGAAGCUACUGCAAUCAACAAUAGGCAUUUGCAAAAGAAUGACACGAGAAGGAUAAUUGAUGAAGUUAAAAAAGGUGAUAAAUUAAUACUUCGUUCAAAUAUUUCUGUAAAGAGUAACGAAAAAUAUAAUGAAAAUAAGAAUAAGAAUUUUGGUGCAAAUGCUGGUGCAGGUGACAAAUAUUUGAAUAUUUCUGUUUCUGUAGAAGACAAUGAUAUUCUCAAAUGGAAUCGUUGGCAAAAUAAGAAUAAUGCUAAUUUACAGAAAAUUAACGAUGAAGAUUCCAAACUACAAGAUGCGUUAUCUGUAAGAAAGGCGAAAAAAAAUCUGGUAAUGAACAAUGAUGAAAUCCUUGAAGAGGAAGUUGUCGAACCUGCUGAAAGGGAUACAGUACGUGGUAACAAAAAUAUGAUCGAAGAUUCGGAAGAAGUCGAAACUGACAGAGCAGCUAAGUAUAGAAAUUUCAACGAUGUCUAUAAUGCGCAUGCGUAUGUUUUAGACGACGGAGAAGAUGACAAUGUUGAAUCUGAAGACGGAAACGGUGAUGAUAUUGAAAACAAUGAGAUAUCAAUAGACAAGUACGAUGAAUCUAAUCAGAAAUCGAAUGAUUUCUUUCAUAAAAAUCCUCAAGAAAAUAUUGCCAUACAAGGUCCUACUAAAAUUGGCUUACAGCCCAAGAAUGCUAACAAAAAAUCCAACGGUUAUAAUGGUCUCAAUAAAGCAUUUGUACAAAAUGACAAUGGAGUGGAUGACAUAGUACAGAAAAUACAGAAAUUUCCAAAGGUUGAAACAAUUACAAAAUCACCUGCAAAGAAUAAAUUGUUAAAUGUUAGAAAAGGCAAUGAACACAUUAACCAUGGAGGUCAACCAUUUGCAAUAUUUAAUAAAUUUGGACAAAACAAUGGUAAAGUGGUACAUAAACAGUCGGAAGACGAUGGGAUCGACCCAGCAAACGAAGAAGAAAUCAAGAAUUAUGAUCGAGCCAACGAAACUGAUAAUGUAGCUAAGUCGAAUCAAAUGAAGCAAGAAAAAGAUAUAUUUCCAGUUAAACAUUUAGAAAUCAAUAUGUUAGGAAAGACACUUAAACCAGACGGUCCUAAACAACGAUUUGUGACUGGUUUGAAGGAAAAAGAAAGAGAAAAGUUGGAGCUUAGAUACGGAAUAAAUGAUUCGUUAAAACAGAAUGAUAAACAAAAUAUGUUAAAUGGGAAAAUUCAUGCAAAAGACACUAUUCGAAUACAAAGAAUAAAUGAAAAUGAUGGAGAAAAACGCACGAACACUUCUGGUAUUGGUAAGCUAACUGCGUAAUCUUAAUAAAAAGUGCUUGGAUAAUACCAUCUUGAA